CGCCAGCCUUGGGCAGCUCCAAGAAUAGCUCCCCAAGCUUCGUCUUCAAAUACCUGCCCUAGAGAGCCGUCGACCUCUCUCGUCUCUUCCGCACUGCUGUCUUGUUUUCGCUUUGCUUAUUUUCGCGCUGGCCGCACACCUGAUAUACCCCACCAUGCCUCAGCAGCCGGGCGAAGUGUCUCUGCUGACUCUCUUUGCCGAUGUGCAUUUCUUCUUCAGCCAUCCCGCCGCAAGGCCUCCGCACGACCGGUUUGACAAGGGCUCUUACGUCUACCUAUACCACAACGCAACGGAUAGAAGAGCGCGGAUAGAGAUUGCCAAUCAUGCGGGAACGCCAGAGCAGGAUGCGUUCAUGGGUUACCUGGAUAUGGUCCAGGUCAACCGUACCUACAAGCAGCCAAACCUGUUCACCAUAACGGUCGAUCCCACUGGUAACGGAAGUGCCCCGGGAACGCCCCAACAGGACUUUUCCCAGUGGCAUCUACCCGCACCGGACCCGCGAAACGAGGGGAAAUACAUGUAUAAGCUUCACACGUUGGACCUAUACUUCUGGACUGUGGAUGAUUCAAACUCUUUCGCAGACAGCAUAAGGAAAACCCUCCAGCCUCAUCAAGUGCGGAUUCUAGAAGCACAACAAAGGCACUCUGAGCAUUCUGAUACAAUGAGUCCAGUUGUGCAGAAGUUGGAACAAAUAGCUGUGAGCAAGCCUUAUCAGCAUCGCAGUAACAGCGUCAGCACCACACAGUCCUAUGGCGGACCAGUGACUGGUUCGACACUAUCCAAACCUUCUGAAGGCCCACAGGGUGAUGCUGCAUCUUAUGCGCCCAUGGCGUAUAACCCGGCGGCACCUGCCGCACCAGAACCUAUCGCCCAUCGGGAAAAGACCCCUCCGCCAGUUGAUGCUGAAUCUGGAACUGGCCUGGCAGCGGCAGCUAUGCACGACCAGAGCAAUCAGUUCCCAAGUCAGCCAUUGCAACAACAGGCCACCUACCAACAGCAUCAGCCAUACAUGCCGGGGCCACCUCGACAAUCUACGCAAUCAUUUCCUCCGCCUCCACUCUUGGGAGGUUCUCCUCACCCGCAUAUGCAGCGUGCAACUACCACCAACUCCUUCCCUCCGCCUCCACAGGCCGCUGGAACUCCGCCAUAUGGCCAGACUUUUGCGCCGCCACCCACUCAAGCUGCCACGCCUCCGUACGGCCAAACGCCAAUGCCCCCUCAUCCCGGUGUCCAACGUACCUCUACCAUGCCGGCUGCCUACUCUAGCUAUCCUUCUCAACAACCUCAAUAUGCAACAUAUCCUCAAUCUCCCGGCUAUCCUCCCGUCCAAUCUCCAGGCCACUCCGCAACACCUGGCCACGUUCCAACCCCUGUUCAGUCACCAGGCUUCCCCCCUGGAAGCUAUUCCAGCUAUUCGUAUACCAACAAUCAACAGUCACAAGACCCUUAUGCUAUACACGGACAAGCCUAUCGUCCUACGGAAACGGAGGCGGCGCAUGGCGGUAAGAAAUCGUCUCCGGGACCAGGACCGGGAGCUCCGGGGCCAGGGAAAUUUGAGCAAAGAGUCGAUAGGGUGGAGAAGGGAGUGAGCAAGUUUUUGAAGAGGUUGGACAAGAAGCUCUAAUUGCGAUUUGAAAUGAUGAGUGCAUAAUGACUGAUGGGCAAUGUUUAUUCUAUACCCUUAAUGCCUUUUGCUGCAAAACGUAUGUACAAGUACCAAACCAAAAUUGGAAGUUCGUUAGCAGUCAUGCAAGUGAGCAUCGACGGUUGGUAAGCUCCGUUCCCUUCAUGUCAUGACCUGCCUCGAUUAUCGAUACAUGGAAUGCAUGCAUCUGGCCAGAAACGGGCCUGGAAGAAUUGGUUUGCGAUUGGGGUAGGGAAACCAAGAAGAAAACAAAUAAACAUAAGGAUAUCAGCUCG